UUGCAGUUUGAUGUGUUAAGGGUCAGAAACAAUCACACAUAUGAUCAGAAUAAUAAAUCCUAAUCUAGUCUCUUUUAAUCCCUCACACACACACUUCCUGUAGUUCCGUUUCUCCAGGUCUUUUUCCAGAAUCCUGUUGGUUUGUAUCACAAAAACUAAAUAUUUCUCAUGUAUUAGAUUAAACUUUAUCCUGUCAUUUAAUCCUCAGCUUAAAUUUACCUGUAAUGUAACAGAGGAAGGCAGCUCCUUCUUCCUCCUCCUCUUCUUCCUCAUGGUGGUUCAGCAGAGCUGAAUCCAGACUCCCUGAACGUUGAGGAAGGCGACACAAAGGAGAUCUUGGUGUCCAGACCCAGCAGUCAGGUUUCAGUCCGUCCAUCGUGGCCUGAGCUCAGCGUUUGCAGUCAGGGAGGUGAAGUGUCCGUGUUCCUCCUCUUCAUCUGAAGCCAAACACUGAGUAUCAGAUGGGUUUUCUCUGGACGUAGCAGGGGCGACCACAUGAGUCACUUUGACCAACAAGCUGAUUGGUCAGCCUGUCUCUGAUAAUGAUGUAAUGCCUCCUAUAAAAAGUGAGGUGAGAUUCUGUCCUGAAGGGCACCACAAUCACAAAACAAGUUUGUCACCAGAGCUUUUCUUUUUUGUACAAGAAAAAGUUUUAAUGUAUAGAUAUUGAUUUAGGUCAAAAGAGCUCCGGCAACACUUGUAGUUUCAGGAAAACAGCUUAUUUGACCCACACAUUUCGGCUUGUGGCCUUCAUCAGGGUCCAAACAACACCAGCCGAAACGUGUCGGUCAAAUAAAGCUGUUUUCCUGAAACCAUAAGUGUUGCUGGAGCUCUUUUGACCUCUUUCACAUCCUUUUUCUCCAAGAACCUUGGAAGUUUGUGAAGUUGUGCCAGAAUUUAUGUCCUCAAAAAUAUUGAUUUAGAAACUUCACUGUUAUUUUCACCGAUCUUUACUGAAGCUUCCUGUAUUUAUCAAAUCAAAAUCAAUCAAACAAAACAAGAGGUCAAUAAACUGGAAUUCAUCACUCUGCUACGGUGGCCCCGAGGGUCAACUGCAAAAACAAUUAAUGUCCAUAGAGAACACAGGGAACAGUCAAAUGAACCCCCUACAAUAAGAUAUGUAUUUAAACUUUUCAUUAAAUUCAAUAAUUAAAUAAAUAAAAGAGAGUUUGAAAUGAGACAUGAGACAGAUUAAUGUGAUUUAGAUUAAGACUAAUUAGACUCUUGUAGAUACAGGACUAAAACAAUCACUGAGAUCAGAUUAUUGAUCAGUUUGGACCUCUCAAUCAUUUACAAACCAGCUGUUUCCAAUAAUGAUUCAUAAAAAUCCAUAAAUCUGCAUCACAGGAGAUAAAAAUAUUAGUUUAGUGUUUAUCCGAACAUCAUUUUAACCUGUUAGAGACACGUGCAGAGGUAAACUGUUUUUGAUAACGUACAUUUAUUCUUCUUUUCUCGUUUUUAGUGAGGUGUUUUUCAGCUGAAGAGCGACGGUCUCUUCACUUUUAUUGAGUGAGAUUGCGAAGCAUUCCCACUAUAUGUUAUUCAUAUCUUUAUUGGACCACUACUCCUUCUACAUACUUCAACGUAUACAAACCAUUCAAACUUCAAAAUAUUCAUCUCAUUAAGGAGAUUCCGGUUUAUAUUCCAAAUUUUCCCAACAUUCAUACUUUCCGAGAUAUUCCAGGUUUUCCGACCAAUUUUUCCCAUUAGAAAUGCAUUAUGGAAUUUUCUCACAUUUUCUUCACACAACUACAGGCCUUCAACUCCUCUAUACUUCCAGAUUAUGAUUAUUUUAAUUUUCCAGUUUAAAAUCAUUUCAUUCUUCAUUCAGUUUUCAAUUUUUUCAAACUAAUUCCAGCUCAUUUAAACUGAUUUAAAUCUUUCUGAAUCUUCAAACCUCAUCUCUUUCACAUAUCUUUGAACUUACGCCAUUUACAAUAGCAGUUUAGCGAUGGCAGUUUCAGCUGGAGCAAUCCAUCUGGCAAUUUCUUCAGAAAUUGCGUUUUCUAGUUACUCUGUAAACCUCUGCAGCCUGAAGCGAUGAAAUUCGUAGCCAUCUCUAUCAUCCGAUUGGUGGAUUCCGGAUUUACGCGGUCACUGAGAGCCAAUCAGAAUGCAGCGGUGAGGAAACAGGACGUUUAACAACCUUUCGAAGAAGGUUUCACAUUCUUAUCUGUAAGUGCUCGGUUUAACUCGAGGUAAACCCACUUUCAGACCCGCUUUGUUGCUUCAGGCUGUUUUCAAGCUCUUUAUAAUCUUGAUUUUCAGCAUCUGUUUGUGUGCAGACACACCCACUGACAGGAAUCUCCGUUUAGUUCAAUUAUCGAACAACAAGACUGAAAAAAUGGCAUAUCCAGGAUACGGAGCUGCUCCAGGGGCGGUAAGAAACUCUCAUUUUGUGGUUAAAUAUCAUCAUUAAAGUGGUUUUUUGUUAAAUUACCAACGUCCUGCCCCGGGACAGACGUGUUUUUAUCCUGUUAGAUCAGUCCGGAAGUUGAAUUAAGACGACGAAUUUCGCCAAAAUGCACGAAACUGUAGAUUUAUAAGAACUAUGAACUGUUUCUAUUUGUCAUUAAUAAGGUAAAUAUGUGCAAACUAAAACCAGUAAGUUACUGUGGAGCUGUGUAGACGACAUCAGCACACAUUGUCUUUGCUUUGGAGAGAUAAAGUCUGAAUAUUUCCAAAAUAAAAGCAUCAAAACAACAUCAUUAAGAUGACAAUUUUACUGAUAAAAGCUCUAGAUUAGAAGUUUAAUGCGUGUAUUAUCAGUAAAAAUACUGAACUUUAGAGUAAGAUGCCUUUUUGAUUAUCAUAGUGUUACAUAAUGUAUUAUUAUCAGAGAAACCACUUUAACCCUUUCCACUCUUAUUAAAGCUAAAAAAUACAAUCCAAUAUGUAAAGUUUGACCUGAUAUACAGCUGGAUAGUUUAAAUGUCAUUUUGUUGUGUUGUUUGGUUACAUCUGUGGCAGCAUAUGAUAAUGAUUUAUCAUUUAUGAGUAAAACACAGUCAGUCAAGGACAGGUGACUUCAGGUAAUCAUCUACUGUCAGCCAAUCAAAAGCCCUCAGAAAAAUGAGCCACCUCCUCCUGUAACACUGUAGACACGCCUUUUUAUUUUAUGUAUUCAAACAUUUCAGUAUUUAAAAAACAUAAACACCCUGAUACAACUGAAAACUGACCUUACACUGUGCUGUGUAGUUUAACCUGUAAUCUCACAUCAUGAUGUUCUGGUUUUACAGUGAAUUUGAGUGAAACACUCAGUUUUCAACCAUCAGUACGACAUGAACCUUUUAGGCUCUGAAUGUGUUAGUGAAAUUUGUGGUUCAAACCUUUAAUAAAUACUGUGGAGUCUAAAGAAUCACACUGUGGACUCUAAAGCACUUUCCUGAAGUCUCCAUGAAGCUUCAGUGAACUCUUGUUGCUCCUCUAGUAUCUUCAGCGCUGAGGUUACAUUAAGGAAAUAUAUGUUUGUUUUAGGCUGAAAUUACAAGACGUCCAGGGUGAGGAAGGGUGGGGGUCUGUUAUGAAAAGACCCUUAUAGUAAACUCACACUAAGAGCAGAGAACUGGUCUCUUCUCAGUGGUUGGCACAUAGAGUCCGUGCUGGUAGACUUUGCACAGAUUGGAGGCAGCAGGUCCUGAUAAGAGGAGUUAGUUUUGUGCAGGGUGUGCUCUCAUACUUGUUCUGACUACUUCACCUCCUGUCUUAUGAUGAAAACUGUGUUUCGUUUAGAAGUUGUCUCUCCAUAUGUGCAUGAAACUUUCACAGUAAACACUCAGACUCAAAUGAUACGAGAACUUCAUCACAACCUGGAUGCGAUUCUUGGUUCUGAUUGAUGAACGCUUUUGCAAGUUGGAUACAAGCUGACAGUCCGGCUCGGCUAAACUGGUCACCAGAUUCUGAUGUUUGGGUCAACGCCAUCAGAGACCAGAGAGACUGAAGGUAGAUGGAAAACCACAAAGUAUGUCUCCUCUCCUGGAUGUUACGCAGACAGAUGCUCGGCCCUGUCCUCCUCACCCUCCUCCUGCAGUGAACUUUGUCUCCGGAUCAGAACUCUCCAAGGUCGUCUCCUGUAAUCAGACGGCCGGGACAAAUGGGUGGGACUGAAGUGGAGAUAAAGCCACAGGCUGACACGUACACGUGCAGGAAGAAUACACACGAUCACAUCCCCUUCAACUUGACGCCUUCUUGAGUUGCCUUUUUUUCCUCCUGUUCUCCUUUUUAUCGUCUAAGAAAAGAGGGCGCCGGUCUGUGCCGUCCCCACAGUCCUCCUGUUCCUGUCCCCCCUGUAUGUCCACUUGAUGUUUCUUUGAGGGGAUGAACUGUAAAUGAGAAUUUCCCCUCGUGGGACUAAUGAAGGAGCAUCUUAGUAUCUCUUUGUUAGGAAAACUGUUGAACGGCUGCAGACUGAAGCGGUCUACUGAAGCGAUCUAUCAGUCAUUUAGACUCCUGAGUAAAUCAUAAAAAUGGAAAUAUCUGAGCUCUCCUUUGAGUUGUAGAAAUAAAUGUCUUGAAAUAAACGACUAGUUUGUUUUUUCUCUCUCUUUUCUGCAGCAGGAUCCUCUCUACGGAUAUUUCUCCUCUGUAGCAGGACAGGUAACACCACACUCACACUCCAGAAAGUCAGACGUGGAGACGUUUUCAUGUCUUUCCUGCAGUUUUCAGAUUUGUUUUCUGACUGUUCGGCAGUGUUAAGUUUUUCCUCUCCGUCUGUUUUCUCUCUCUCUCUGACAGGAUGGACAGAUUUCUGCAGACGAGCUGCAGCGCUGCCUCACUCAGUCGGGCAUGUCUGGAUCAUACAAACGUGAGGCGGUCACACUCGGGCCAAAACACAAAAACACAAAUACAAAUCUGAGAUGCAUGUUCCCCCUCAGUGAUAUUAUAACAUUUCAGAGCAGCAUUGAAACGACGGGCUGACACAGGAAACCGUGCAGUCAAGUGCUGCAGGCGGUGAAAUCCUCCAUCAGAGUGGAGAAAAAGAGAUGAAUCCUCUGGAGGUUAUGGUCAAUGUGUCUGAGCUUUUAAUGUCAUGAGUGAACAUCAGGUCCAGGACUUCAUUAAUCCAAGGCCUGGAUGUGACAUGACUCCACUAGCCACGUUUACAUGCAGACUUUUUUCUCAUUCGGAUUAUAAUCAUUCCGAUUGAAGCUCCCAGGCGAACUGUUUACAUGGAAGCGAUCUAUUCUGAUCUGGUGUUUACAUGUGCCACGGCAUUCAAUCGGAACAGCUAUUUACAGACAUGUGAUACCUUCAAACAUCACGUGAUGUUGUCACGUGAUGUUGUCACAUGAUGUCCCACCAUGUGAGUCAUACGUCACUGCUUGUUUACAUCAGGACAGAGCAUGCGCAGACAGAACCCAGCCUGACAACUUUCCGAUUCACUGUUUACAUGACAGGAUUUUGCUUUUAAUCGGAAUGGGAAAAGGAAAAUUCUACCCCUGUGAAUCGGAAUGAAAUUCCAUUCGGAAUGGGCCUGUUUAUUCCGAAUGAGGUGUUUAUAUGGAGCAUUUUCAUUCCGAUUGGGUUUCUAAUCCGAUUAUAUUCGGAAUAUUUGGCUCCAUGUAAACGUAGCUACUGACUGUGCCGUUGUUACCUAACUUCCUCUCACUCUCUCUGACCUCCUCCUGUUGUUUGAGCGAAUCCUUUAAGUUUCAUCUGCUGAACAGUCGAGUCACUGCUGAGCUGUGAUUGAAAUAAACACACUGUUAGAUUAGAGAGAGGAUGUCUGCAUGUUCAGAUGAACAAACAGCAGAUUUCACCGACUUCUCAGGUGUAGAGAAAUGUUGAUCAGAUGCACAGAUGUAUAAAUGCUGCUUCCUUUCCCACCACAGCUGAAUCAGAAACAUAUAGACUGUGAAUUUUAAUGCCUCUUUAUAGUUAAACUGUAAAUCUUUAACAGUUUGUGUUUAUCUCCUUUAGCGUUCUGCCUGGAGACCUGCAGACUGAUGAUCAGCAUGUUGGACGUAUCCUUCACCAUCUUCAACAUCUGAUAGAUUCACUUAAAGGUCUAAACAACAACAUGGAUCAUCAACUUUUUCCUGUUUGAAACACAUUUUUAACUAUAAACUAAACAUGAAUAACAGCAUGAGAAAAAAACAUGACAUUACUGUGACACUCAGGGGUGAAAGUGUCAAAACCGCGGAUCAGAGACGCAUUUCUCAGGUGUUUGUGUUUUCUGAUUCGUGGAAGUGAAAGUGGGGCGGUGGUUAGUUGAGUGGUUAAACACCCCCGUCACAUGCUCAGAGGCUACAUCCUCAUCUCACGGUGUCGUCGGAUUCAAGCCACAAACUUUUGCUGCAAGUUUUCAUCCACUUUGAAUUUAUUCAGAAUAUCGUUUACAAAGAGACAGACACAUAGAAACAUGAGAGUGAAGUUUUCUUCAACAUUUCUCAAAAAAACUUAUCAUAGAUCUGAAGACAUGCUGGGAUUAAAAUUUCUAUUAUACGAUGAAAAAGGCUCAAUUUUUGGAACAGUGCAACCCAUCAGUAUCACAGCUUAAUAAACCACCGACCAAUCAGAAUCGAGAAGGGGCGGGACAUUUGAUAAUUAUUAAUAACCCUGGCCGGUGAGAGUGAUCUCACUCUGGUGGUCUACAGCUGCUUCUAACGCUGUGACUUCAUUUCUGUCCCUUUUUUUAAAGUCAUAAAUAAAAAUAAAUCUUAAACAUACAGAAUAUUUAAAUCAGGUCUAAUUAAGGACGUCUUUUGUAACCUAGCAACAGCAAACACCUGGGAAAAGUGCCUUCAGUGGAAAUCUCCUGAGGGGACACGUCCUGAAUUUAAUAAUAAUUUAAUAAUAAUUUAAUAAUAAUUUCUCACAGCCGCUAAAGUACAUCACAUUAUCACAGGAACCACACAGUGCAGAGACGGUCAUACAGAUGCUUGAUGGUUAAUUUCUCCUUGACUGACUGUGCUGCAUCAGAGGGACAUGUCCGGGACCAUGGGUUUUAACGAGUUCAAGGAGCUCUCACAAGUUAUCAACGGCUGGAAGGCGACCUUUAUGUCCUACGACCGAGACCACAGUGGGACAGUGGAGGGUCCUGAGCUGCAGCACGCCCUCGCCUCCAUGGGUAAAUAAAAAAGACUGGACACGACGCUCUGUUGGUGAUUUUGUUUGUAUGUUUUAUCAAACCCUGAUUCUUCUGAACGCAGCAUGAAGCCAACGUCCUGAAGAAGCAGAAAUAAGAAGUAAAACACAUGAAGUCAAAGAUGCUUUUAAACGGCUGUAUCCGUGUGUGUGCAGGUUUUAAUCUGAGCCCUCAGGCCAUGAACAUCAUCAUGAAGCGCCACAGCACCCACGGCAGAAUCGCCUUUGAUGACUUCAUAACCUGCUGCAUCAAACUGCGAGCCCUGACCGGUGAGUGAGCGCAGUGUCAGCUGUCUGUGAUAGAAACAAACGCUCCAGGCAGAGGUGGAACAUUUACCUCGUUAACUCGGACAGUAAAUGAAGAUGAUUUCUAAUGUUCGUAUUUUUCAGAUCAAUUCAGAAGGAGAGACGUGGGAGGAAACGGACAAGCCACAUUUCAGUACGAUGAUGUAAGUAAGAUGGUGGAACUCAGCUCUGUGAUUUAGAGUCCAUGUGGGGACUUCCACUGCAGAGUCAUGUUCUAUCCUGAAACUGUUGAACUGUUGGCUCACACAGUCUCUCACAGAGUGAUGAACCUCUUCAGUCUUUCCUUCUGAGAGACUCGGCCUCUGUGGAUGUCCGUUUUAGACCCGGUCCUCUCACCUUUCAUAAGCGCUCCUCUAGGUGUCUCUGUCCCAACAUUUUUUAAAAAUGUUGAAGCCACAACAUUUUACAUUCAAGAUUUGUCCUAAAAAUUGGAACUUCCUCAGAUCCUGACUACCCCACCUUUAAUUUUAAUAUUGAUUAAUCACAGAGCUUGUAAUAAUUGUAUUUAUAAUAAAGCAGAACGUGCACUAACUCUCUCUCUCUCUUUUUCCAGUUCAUCCAGGUCACCAUGAGUUUAUGAGGAGGAACAGACGGACCAAAGGGAACACUCCAGCCUUCAAAAACCACUCCUAUUUACACCGUGUCAUUUUAUAUUCAUGUUUUUGAGGUUUUACUCGUUUUCAGGAUGAAUGUCUCAUCAUCAUUCCAUUUGAAGUGAAACUCUGUUUUUAAAGUCAAUCAUUUACCUGUUUAUAUACACAACAGACCAGACUGAUGAAAAACUUCAGGCUGUUUUCAUGAAACUCAUACUAACAGGAGUUAUUACCACUCUUUUACUUUCAUAUCUUUGUACCUCAAAAGUCACCAUGUUAGUCCACAACGUGUAACACCGCUCGAGUCUGAACAUGUCAGAAAUGAAUAAACCCAUGAACGUGUAUCUGCUUCUUGUAUCUGCUGUAUCUCGCUGCAGGGAGAGGAGGAGGAGAAAGGAGAACAGGAAGAAGAGUAGGAGAGAGGAGGAGACCAGGAAAAAGAGAGCAGGUGAGGAGGAGAAGAGCAGGGAGAGAAGAGAAGAGCAGGGAGAGAAGAGAGGAGGAGGAGGAGAGGAGUAGGGAGAUCUGUUGGCAGUAGGAGUAGGCAUUCAAUACUUUGAAAAUGUCACAUUUUCCCCGGUCUCCCCUAUUACAGAAUGACUUACAGACGCAGGAGCUCCUCAGAGGUAAAGAGUUGAAAAGUGUGACUGAUCAUUCCAGACAGGAACUUUGAGUUUGUUCUGUUAGUGUUUGUUCCUCAGAGAAAGUGCUCUGUUGUCUGUCUGUCAGAGGAAAAAGGAUUCACUCAGAGGCCGAGGUUAGCUUUAUAUUUUGGAUCAUGGUCAUGGUUACUCCCAGUUUUAGAGAAGUUAAUGUUGAAGUAUCAUUAGGCCCCUCCUCCCAGCUGACGGUGGUUGUUUUUUUCAGCUGACCACACCUAAACUACAGUCUAAAGCAGGAAAAUCUCUCUUGAGCUGAGCUCUGUGAAAUAAAUAAAUCAGUUUAGAGUAAAUCCAUCUUAAAGACAUGUGGAUAGUAGAAGUGUUCAGGAGAGAAAGAGUUUAAUAAGCAGAUCUGGACUUCCUGCCUUUUUGUUGCGGUUAUCCUCGCAGGCUACUUCCUCCUCCUACCGGAUUAGAAUUUUGAGUGCGCAUGUAGUCGGAUUUUAUGGUAAAUGCUCCGCCCCUCCCCCAGCUACAAAGGUCAAUUUAAAACAUAAUAUUUUAUCAGUAAUCAAUAAUUUAGAUUUAUUUGUACUCAGCGCACUAUUAACUGCGUGCACGGAUGUUGUGAGGUAUUUUUACUGAUUACUCUCAGUACAAUCCUUACUCAAGUUUCCUUUGUAGCUCCAAUAUUAAUCUUUUAAUUAAUCAAUUUAAAAAAAAAUUGAAAUAAUUAAUCAAUGAUACUGAUAUAUUUGACUCAUUACAGACCACAUGCACUAGUACGAUAAGAUACAUUUUCUGUGUUCUUUAUGAGAAAUCUUUUGUUUAAGUCGAGGAUAUUACUCCAAGAAAUAUUUUUCAUCAAACUAAAAGUCAAUUUAAAGCUCCUUCAUUUUAUAAUAAACUAUAAGUAUAUAUA